AAGUACACUUAUAAGAUCUCAAUAAAAAAAAAAAUUGGAAUAUUAUUUUAGUUUUAUUUUAAAAAUUAAUCCCACUGGCUCCUACCUAAUUAUAUAUCACUUCCAACGCACACAUUCAACAUAUACUUCAAACUAAAGCUACACACUUUCUUUUACAACCUAAGCAACCUCGGAAGUUGAAGUCUUAAAUUCAUCAAUUUGAUUUCCUUCCAUAUUCGAGAUCGAUCGAUGGAGCUUGAGCUAGGGCUUGCUCUCCCCGAUCAUCACUCUCGGAUGCUGAUGAAAGGGCUCGACCUCAAUUCUUGCAGCAAUGAAAUGGAAAUCGAAAAGGGAAAAAAGGGUGAUUAUUCAUGUAAUAUUCGUCGAAAUUUGAGUGAUGAGGAAGAAAUAGACAGCAAGAGUUUGUCGCUGCUGCUAUGGAGUGGCCAGCCCAAUGGAGGAGAUGAUGAAGGUCGGAAAUGGAGGAAUCUUCACGUAGACGACGAGGAAAGUGAUGGAGAUGAAGAAACGGUGGGGUGGCCGCCGAUCAGUUCGUUGAGGAGGGAGUUGCUCCACCGCCACCACCACCACCACCGUCGCGGUGGAGGUGGAGUGGGGGCGGUGGCGGCGCCGGUUAGAAACUCCACUUAUGUGAAGGUGAAGAUGGAGGGAGUGCCCAUUGGGAGGAAGAUUAAUCUCAGGGUUUAUCAUUCUUACCAAGCUUUGACACAUUCCUUGAUCAACAUGUUUGCGAAAUACAUUGAAAACGACAAUAGAUCUGGCGGCAACUACACCAUCUUGUAUCAAGACAAAGAAGGAGACUGGAUGCUUGCAGGAGAUGUUCCUUGGGAGACGUUUGUUGAAUCAGUCCGACGUGUGGAGAUACAAAGGAAUGGCAGCUAGAGUUAUUAAUGCAUGAGUUGAAACAAAAAUAUAGGUUUCUUGGAACAAAUUAAUUAAGAAGAGGGAACACACAAUGUAUUCCUGCAGUAUAAUUUCAUCAUUUCCAAUCUUUUUGAUUGUGUAAUAUUAUUAUUUUAUUAUUUUUUGAGGGGGUUUCUGUAUAAUUAAUACUGUGUUGACUAAUCUUCAAUCUUGAUGUUUCACUUGCACAA